GUGUGCAAAUGUUUGUCUUUGAUAACAUGAACUUUCUGCGUCUCCUCCUCCGGGAGCUCAGCACUGUGUCCGGCUGGAGAUGAGGCUUCAGUGACGGACAGAGCCGAGCCGAGCCGAGUUAACCGAGUUAACCGAGUUAACCGAGUUAACCGAGUUCACCGGCUCAUGUGAGAGGAUGAAGCUGCUGCUGUGGACUCUGCUGCUCGCGGUGCGGAGUCGUGCGGGGAGCUGCGGGAACGGCGUGUCGUUCACGAAGCAUCCGUCCAAUCAGACGGUGUCUCAGGGCAACGCGGCGAGGCUGGGCUGUGCAGUCCAGGGUCUGACGGAACCGGACAUCUUCUGGAGGAAAGACGGAGAGAAACUGUACAGCACCGACCAGAUGUUCAUCACACUGGGAGAGCAGCACUGGGAGACCUACCACAGUGUGAAGUCGGUGCAGCAGCAGGAUGCGGGUCAGUACUGGUGUGAGGUGGAGUUCCACGACCUGACGUUCUCCUCUGAACGAGCCUGGAUCACAGUGGAAGGUGUCCCUCACUUCCUCCAGGAGCCUCAGGACGUGUCCUCGUUCCCCAACGUCCCCUUCAACCUCACCUGUGCUGCCGUCGGCCCCCCCGAGCCCGUGGAGGUGCUGUGGUGGCUGGGGGGGGUCCAGGAGGGGGAGCCCAGACCGUCCCCCUCCGUCCUCCACGUCCAAGGAGUGAACAUCAGUGUGAAGUUUUACUGUGAAGCGAAGAACACCAGAGGAAUCUCCGUCUCUAGAACAGGAACCGCUCACAUCAAAGUGUUGCCGGCGGCGCCGGUCGGGCUGCAGGUCCUGAGGAUGGUGGACAACAACGUCACGUUGUCAUGGAAACCGGGAUUCUCAGGAUACUCUGAGCUGUCCACCUGCAUCGUCCAGCUGUCGAGGCGGUCGGUCCGGAGGUGGGACCUCCCUCAGCAGGAGGUCCAGGUUCCUCCUCACCUUCAUGUCCUGUCUGGUCUGAGGAGUCACUCCAACUACAGCGUCAGAGUGUCCUGUGUGAACGAGGUGGGGGCGUCGCCCUUCUGCUCCUGGCUGCACUUCAUGACCCCUGAGUCAGAACCCUCCGCGGCCCCCAGGAACCUCACCUUCCAGCUGUCGGAGCAGCAGCUGGCUCUGAACUGGGCCGGACUGCAGGAGGAGGAGCUGCAGGGGAGACUGUUGGCCUACAAGGUGCAGUGGACUCUGGGAGGAGAACCACAGGAGCCGCUGCUGUUCAAGGAGAACCGGGCCCAGCUGUCCGGAGGAGGCCGGUUCUUUAACGCCUCCUUCCAGGUGUCGGCGUGCACCUCGGUGGGCUGUGGACCCUGGAGCCCCCCGGUGCUGGUGCUGCCGGCCUCAGUCCAGGUCCAGGUCCAGCGGAGCCACAUGUGGGUCGGUCUGCUGCUGGGUCUGCUGGUGGCCACCGUGGUCGGACUGCUGCUCACCGGCGCCGCUCACCGCCACGAGAAAGAGACGCAGUUUGGGUCGGCCUUUAAGGCUCCGGGUCCAGAGAGCUCGGUCUCCUUCACGGCGGCUCGGUCCUUCAACAGGAACUGUGCGGAGCUGCAGGACUCCACAUUGGACAGUCUCGGUAUAAACGAGGACCUGAAGAACAAACUGCAGGACGUUCUGAUUCCAGAGCGUCUGCUCACACUGGGACACAUGCUGGGGAAAGGUGAGUUCGGCUCGGUGCGGGAGGCGUUCCUGAAGACGGAGGACUCGUCCGUCAUGAAGGUGGCGGUCAAAGUGCUGAAAUCUGACAUCACUUCGUCAUGUGACAUCGAGCAGUGUCUGAAGGAGGCGGCCUACAUGAAGGACUUCCAUCAUCCAAACGUCAUCCAGCUCAUCGGAGUGAGUCUUCACCGGCGUGCGGGCCAGCGGCUGCCGAUCCCGAUGGUGGUUCUGCCAUUCAUGAAGCACGGAGAUCUGCACACGUUCCUGCUGCUGUCCCGACUCGGAGAACUUCCUGUUGACUUGUCUGUGCAGACUCUGCUGCGCUUCAUGUUGGACAUCUCUCGGGGGAUGGAGUACCUGAGCGGUCGGAGCAUCAUCCACCGAGACCUCGCCGCCCGAAACUGCAUGCUGAAUGAGAACAUGACGGUGUGUGUGGCAGACUUCGGUCUCUCUAAGAAGAUCUACAGUGGAGAUUAUUACAGACAGGGCUCCGUCUCUAAACUUCCUGUGAAGUGGAUCGCUCUGGAGAGUCUGGCUGACAACGUGUACACAACACAGAGCGACGUGUGGGCGUUUGGCGUGGCGAUGUGGGAGAUCAUGACUCGAGGUCAGACUCCGUACCCCGGUGUGGAGAACUCAGAGAUCUACGAGUAUCUGAUCAAAGGAGAGCGACUGAAGAAACCUCCAGACUGCAGAGACGACAUAUAUGAGGUCAUGCACAGCUGCUGGAGUCCCGUCCCUAAAUGUCGUCCCAGCUUCCAGCAGCUGGUCGCUCAGCUGGAGGCGCUGAGUCUCAGUCUGUGCCCCGCCCCCCCGCUGCUCUACGUCAACCUGGAGGGGGAGGAGGAGGAGGGAGGGGGGGCGGUCGGGGUGAGGGCCCCGGGGCCGCAGGAGGACGGGGCCCCCGGCUGGAGCGUCCCGUGGCAGCAGCGGGCGGAGGACGAGGAGAAGGACUGGCUGAUGGUGGGGUCAGAGGUCGCACUGGCCAUCGGAGGAGACUACAGGUACAUCAUGGGGCCCUGUGGGGAGGGGGAGGGGGCGGAGUCGCUGGUCAGAGACGAGGACGACGACGUAGUCAUUAAUGUCUGACCAAUCACAGCCCUCCUCCUCCUCCUCCCACCUGAGCAGAGAGGGACGCUCACUUUAAGGCAUCGAGCAGCAGCAGGCGGGUGGAGACAAACAAUCAGUACUCCUCAUGACACACUGGAACUCUGUGUACUGAUUGUACCCUCUGCUAGUACUCUCUGCAUGCACUGAUACUACUGUGCGCACUAAUAGUACUCUGUGUACUGAUAGUACUGAUUAGUACUCUUUCAGUUCUGUUUUAAAGGAACAACCUAACAGUGUGUCUCUAACUCGUCUUUGUCUCUUCUUCAGUGUCAGUAGUAUUUAGACGUGUCUCAGUAGUGAUGUGUUUCUCUGAGGCGUCUCUUAAAGCUACAGACACCCUGGUAGAUAUUUAACGUCUUCAGGUACUGUGAUGAUGUUCUGACUCUGAGUUCUCCGAUAGAACCGCUCACAUCAUUAUUAUUUAUUCUGGUUUGAAACAGUAUUUAAAUCUAAACUCAGUCCGUCUCCAGACUCUGUGUUUAAAAGUUUAAAAUACUGAAACGACGGGGGAGCCUGAAGGCCACACCUUCAUCCUUUAACCUGAUCACACUGACAGGAAGUAGAGCGCCUGAUGAAGACUCUCUAACCUUCAUCCUCACCUCACGUACUUAGGUCAUGUGAUCACGGAACCUUCAGCAGAUGAAGGCCAUGAGAUGUGAGUGAGAGCUCUGGAAACCUUUACCGUUUUACAGUCGGCUUCAGGAGUUUAAAGGAUUCCGAUCUUUGGACGAAUAACUUCUAAAUGUUUUAGUUUACCUCAACGAGAAUCAUCAGCAGAACGAGUCGCUUUAAACUCUCAAUCUUUACCGAUGUUUCAUUAACGGCUGAGUCACUAAUAACCCCUAGUUCAUCAUGUCAGCUGCUGUUCUGUCUUUAACACGUCCUCAGAGACGCUAGAGACACUAGAGACGUUAAAGACACUAGAGACGUUAGAGACACUAGAGACGUCAGAGACACUAGAGACGUUAGAGACACUAGAGACGUUAGAGACACUAGAGACGUUAAAGACACUAGAGACGCUAGAGACGUCAGAGACACUAGAGACGUUAAAGACACGAGACGCUAAAGACACUAGAGACGUUAGAGACGUCAGAGACACUAGAGACGUUAAAGACACUAGAGACGCUAGAGACGUUAAAGACACUAGAGACGUUAAAGACACUAGAGACGUUAGAGACGUUAAAGACACGAGACGCUAGAGACGUUAAAGACACUAGAGACGUUAGAGACGUCAGAGACACUAGAGACGUUAAAGACACUAGAGACGUUAGAGACGCUAGAGACGUUAAAGACACUAGAGACGUUAUAGACACUAGAGACGUUAAAGACGUUAGACACGUUAAAGACACUAGAGACGUUAGACACUAGAGACACUAGAGACGUUA